UUCUUUCCCGAAUUCCUCUGUCUUUUCUUUCUCUCUGUUUCGGUUCUUCCAAUUCCAAUUUCAUCCAUUCAAAAACGCUAUAUUACAAAAUUCUACAACCAUUAACUUCUCUUUAGGUUUCUCCUUCUUCUCCUUCUUCCUGUUCUUAUGAUUGUUUGAUGUUUUUCUCAUUUUCUAUUUCUUCUUCUUCUUCUUGUCAAUGGCGGAAAUCGGACGGAGAUUCUGCAUCGGCUAUGCACUUUUGCCCAAGAAGCGACGGAGUUUCAUACGAGAUUCCUUGCUCAGGCUUGCUGAAUCCAAAGGUAUCGAUUUCGUACGGAUCGAUAUGGACAAGCCGCUUGUUGAUCAAGGAGCCUUUGAUUGUGUUCUCCACAAGCUCUAUACUGCGGAUUGGAGGAAGCAACUCGAGAAUUUUAGGACUAUUAACCCUAAUGUGGUGAUUUUGGACUCACUCGACGCCAUUGAGAGGCUUCACAACAGGAUUUCUAUGCUUCAGGUGGUAUCCGAGUUGAAGAUUGAGAAUAAUCACGACGAAUCGUUUGGGAUUCCGGAGCAGAUUGUGAUUUACGAUAAGGAGGAUCUUUCUGAUCGGCGUGCUUGGGAGACGUUGAAGUUUCCGGUCAUUGCAAAGCCUGUGGUAGCUGAUGGAAGUGCUAAAUCGCAUAAAAUGGCGCUUGUGUUUAAUCACGACGGUUUGAACAAGCUUAAACCUCCUCUUGUAUUGCAAGAGUUUGUCAACCACGGUGGAGUUAUUUUCAAGGUCUAUGUAGCUGGAAAUCACGUGAAAUGCGUCAAGAGAAAGUCACUUCCAGACAUUUCUGAGGAUACAUUAGAAAGCGUCGAGGAUUUGCAAUCGUUCUCUCAGGUAUCGAAUUUGACGAACCAUGAGAGAGUUGAUGAAAAGUAUUAUCAAAUGAUGCAGUUAGACGACACCGAGAUGCCGCCGUUGAGCUUCGUCACCGAUAUAGCCAAAGGAUUGAGACAUGCGUUGAAGCUUAACCUCUUCAAUUUCGAUAUGAUGCGGGAUUCAAGAAACAAGAACCGUUAUCUCAUAGUUGAUAUCAAUUACUUUCCUGGGUUUGCGAAGAUGCCAGGAUAUGAGAAAAUUGUAACGGAUUUCCUAUCUGAUAUAAUGCGGAGGAAUGACAGAGAGCUCGUCAAAGCUUGGUUUGAACAUGAUGCUUCAGACCCCAUUGCCUUCGACAAAAGGCAAGUUCAUAAUUGUGAAAAUGAUUCUAGAAAGGUUGUGAUGCUUACUUGCAUCGGUAAUGGGGAUGGUGGAGGUUGAACAAUACUUCCCAUUAGUAUUUCCAUUUAUUUUUCAUUGACUUAGAUUCUAAUCCAAUUGAGUUUGCUAAAAGAAGAAUGUUCUUCUUUUAUUCAAGAUUAGAAAUUAGUUAAUAGUUUCUAAGUUCAUAAUAUGGUGAAGAACAAAUAAGGCGGUUCCUCUGUUUGCUUUUACCUCAAAUUUGCAAGAAAAAAAAACCGCAUGACAUUGAUUGUUGAUACUUUCUUCAGUCUAUCAGUUGCUUCUCUGAGACAGAUAUUUCUGAAGUACUCUGCUAAAGUUCAAUAAAAUUAGAUUUUAAGUACUUUCCCACCUUGAUUCAUUUUUGUUGUCUUUACCUGGAAAAAAAACUAAGGUCCCGAUUGGUAAUAGUUUUGGAAUUCUUGAAAAUCAAGUCUAUUAACCAUCGUUAUUCCACCUCAAGUUUAUUAAUGCUUUGUUACAAUAAAACCAAAUCAAAACUUAUAAACUAAAAAUGUUAGUUUAUGCAAAUUAUUGGAAGGAAAUGAGGUUUGAAAUGAAAAGAAAUGGAGACAAAAUUUGAACUUCUAGGUGAGUUGACUGUCAGAAUUGUUUCUUGCAUGGCAUGUGCCAUUGUUGGCUAAUAUAUAUGUGUGUAAUUUUCUCAAGCUCUUUUCGAGUUCAUUUUGGUUUAUCAUCAAAUAAAAUUGCCAAUAAAAGAAUUAAAUACAAAAGCUUUCAUGGUUCAUUAAUACGGUAAGACCCAAUAAGAUGAUGAACAAAUAUAGGACAGAAAGACUUGAUGAUGAAAUAGGAAUCUCUAAAAGUCUCUGUAACUGGUGGGGUUUAAUAAUUAUGUUAUGUUGCAUCAUGUUAGUGUAACACUAUAGUUCCUUUGAUCAUAAUGAAUACUUCCAAUAAACGUGGCUUGGCAAUCUUUGACAUUUGGUUCUUGUAUUGGCCCAUGCUCUUAAGUAUUAUUGUCGUAUUACCUCCAAGUUCUGUGGUGUAAAAUAUCAUUAAGUAAAAGAUCUAGUUUUCAUACCCUUAAAUGAUGUUCUGUCGUCUGUUGAUGAAACAAACUAGUGUGAUGUUAAGUUGUUCGAACAAAACUUUGCAAGCUUUUUUUGGCUGUAGAUUAUUUUAGAAGUAUGUAAAAACUUGGAACACUGCUAUGAUGUUAUUGUUCAGCUGACAAUCCCGUGUUAGUGUUAUUUGUUGCUUUCUUCUAACAGCUAUGCUGACAGAGAAAAUUUGUACUCUAAAUAAAUCGAUUGUACAUUGCAAUUAAUUUUCUUGCCUCCAGGGGAACGUUAAUCGAGGAUACCGUUUGUUGUGUCGCCGGAUAAUUAUUUGAUUUGUGUCUGUGAUACGCCAAAGUUGUAGGAUGGUUUAGCAGAUGAUGAGAAGCGUAUUGGGCUGUCUGUGCAGAUCCAGAUAGGAGUAGUAUUCAUCAAUUUCUCGAUUCGACGAAAGUCACGGGCGUUGAAGGAGGUGACCACAUUAGAACACAUGGUAAACAUGCCAUCUAUAGCCAACAAUGGAGGUUUUGAACAAGAACCUGAUCUGUUUGGAAAUAUAUUCCCUUUUUGGUUCAUUGAAGUUUGAUAUUGAUAUUAUAGAUAUAUUCGUUGAAGGAUGUUGUAUGAACCUAUGCCAAACUUAAUUCCCACUUCCCAGAAUAUAAUGAAUGGCAGACGGUAAACAUAAGUGGGUGGAUGAGUUUGUUGAGGAGAAUGGAACGGAUGGCACACAGACAAACGACAUAUAUACUGAAGGACAUUAGCACUAUUGAUGGCAGUCUUUUAGUUUUAACGUCUCUUAGACGAUCAUUCUAUGGUACUUUGUUUUCUUCUACUGAAUGAAAUAAAAGGUUGAUUCACUUUGUUCAUAA